AGGUUUGAAUUUUGUUCUUAAAGGUUAUGGUCAGGAUUUAUUUAGAGGUACCUGGCCCAGUGUUGCUUAGGGGCAACAUCUGCCUCAUUACCAAAAUUACAGAUAUUUAUUCUUACUACAUAAUUACCAGAUUAAAGGUAAUUGACUCUGUACUCUGUGUACAAUAGUUUUGGUGGUACAUUACAUCAUAUAUUAGCACACAGAAACAAGCAGCUUCCUGUUUUCUUAGAGCUGUUUUUUUUUUCUCAACCAUAAUGCUUGUGACCACAAAAUAACCCACAUUUAUACAAAAGCAACUUAACAGGGGAAAGAGAUAAAGAUCUUCAUUGGAAAUUCAGACAAUGAAUGCCUCAAGAGUCUCUCACCUUUCAGAGGGUACUUACACUGGACUUGUUUCUUCAGACCAUGCUGUGUACAGCACGGUGGACCAGACCUCACUCAACCACCCAAGAGCUCAGCAAACUGCGCUUGUGACCAUAGAUAAACGUGGACGAAGCUCACAUCCAUACAGACUGGCUGCAGCGUGUCUGGGGCUGCUGUGUGCUCUCUUCUUGGCUGCCACAUUAGUCCUGUGUGUCCUCUAUGGUUCAGUCCUGGGGGAACUCAAGGCCUGUAAUAGCACCCUGAAUCAAGAUAUGGAUCAGCCACAGAGAGACUACAGUGGAGUAUUUAUGAAACUCCCAUUUCUGGAUGGUUUCUGUCCCCUUAUUGCACAGAAGAGAGAGUGCAUACCCUGUCCACAAGGCUGGGAACAGUUCUCCUUCAAGUGUUACUACUUCUCUACUGAGAGGAAGAGCUGGAUGAGCAGUCGCAGUGACUGCAUUAAACGGGGAGCUGACCUGGUGGUCAUAGAGAGUGAAGAGGAACAGGAGUUCAUCACCAAUCACACAAAAGAAGAUCACUGCUGGAUUGGACUAAGUGAUUUAGAAACUGAGGGUAUCUGGAUCUGGGUGGAUGGAACCCCCCUGCAGAGAGGAUUCUGGGUGAGUGGAGAGCCAGAUGACCAUUAUUGGAUUAAUAUGAAAAAGUAUGAAAAAUCAGACUGUGCCCUGACUAUGACUGGUAAGAAAGCAUGGGCUGAUAAUCGCUGUGAUUACAUCCAGUAUUGGAUCUGUGAGACAAAUGCUCUGCUCCCCUAAAUAGUUUUAGUAAUUAUAAGUUUGGUUGUUUUAUCUUGGGAGAACCAGAUGAUCAUGCCGGGUUUGACAAUCGAACAUUGUUCCAAUAACCAGAGCACAAGGUCACAAUUACUGAUGGGGAUAAAUGGAAUAUUCAUACUGCUACUUUAACAAGAAAUAUGUCUGUGAGACUAAGCUUUAUUAAAUGCAUUGAAAUGACUACAUGCAGAGUAGAUUUAAUAUCAUAGCAUUGUUGGUUCUCUGAAUUUGGACAUAUGUAUAAAUAAUCACAAACCAUAUAUUUAAAAUGGUCCUCAUUAGGAGGUGUUGAUACUGUACAUUUAUUGUAACCUACAACAGCAAUCACUCUGCUACAAAAGUUAAUGUAAUGUAAAUAAAAAGAGCUCUCAGUAAUUUUUUAAAAAUGAGUAUGUCACUAAAACCUGCUCACCUAUAGCUCACCAAACAGAAGUUGUGACCUAAAGCCAUAAACCACAUGUACCCAUGUAAACAACUGGUAUGCGACUCUGUGUGCUUCCUGUUACAUUUAUCUCUUUCUGUCUGUAUCAAGCGGAUGACCUUCUAUGUGUUUUUGAAAAUCCAUUAAGCUGACUUAAGUAGUUGUGAUUGCAUUAUGCAUCUGUAAAAUAUAUUUGCUAUGUUUGAAAUUGAAAUAAAUAACAAAAAGUUUUUUGGUAA